AAGACCGCAGUGAGUGCAGACGCAAGCAAACCAAGAUCGUGAAGACAUCGACCGUGCAGAGGCUUUGACGACAACAAGUAAAAAAUCCCACCAAGGAGCAAGAGGCAGGAUUUCCUGGCUCCACCUGUAUCAGAUCUUUCCCCCUUUUUUUGCUACACUGGUAGAGAGCGGUGCUCGUUGAGCAGCGCUUUCACACAGACGGGAACACGGAAGUCGUUGCGCUGGAGUGUGUCCUAAUGGCCGAGUCAGAGACUGAGUGUGACACGCCGGGCCUGGACACGUUAGGCUCGGAGUGUGUCAUAGCCCACACGCAGGUGGGCGACCUGCAUUAUGCAGCUGAAACAGAGAUCAUGACUCAGGAAGACAAACGAGGUCUUGACCUUGAGGCCAUUCAUGGCUCAGACCUUGCCAAAAUCCAGGGUCUAGGCCCUGAAUUGGGUGCGGUGACCUGUGUGGAUGCAGAUCAGAUAGUAACAGAGACGGAUCAUGAUUACACUAAGGCUGGAGACUCGGACCAGCAAUAUUUUGCAAGUGCAGACAUGGUCAAGUGUGAGGGCAAUGAAGCCCUGCUGGGGGAGGUGCUUCUGAAGGCAGAGAUGGGAGGAGCAGGGGCAGAGCAUGUAGUCAAAGUGGAGUCAGACCAUGGAGGAGAGCUAACAGUGGAGUCAGAGAAUGGUGUUGUCAUCCACGAAGCACACGGUCUGCAGUGCAAUGAAUGUGGAGAGAUCUUUGGCAGCAUGACAGACCUGCACCAACACUUUGAAAUCCAUAAAGCGACCAAUCCCUAUAUCUGUGUCCACUGUGGCGAGAGCUUUGCGGUAGAGUCCAGCCUGAAGAGCCACAUGAAGAUUCACAUGAAGGAGAAGAGCUAUGCUACCACUGGAGAGGAGAUGGUGGGCAAAGGAGUCAUGGACGCAUUCAACCUGAAGCCCCACCAGAUUUUGCAUUCCCCUGAAAAGCCCCACCGGUGCUCAGAGUGCGGCAAGAGCUUUGCCGCAGCCAUCACCCUCAGAGAGCACAUGAAGAUGCAUUCUGACGACAAGCCGUACAAGUGCACCCAGUGCAGGAAGAGCUUUGUCCGGCGACGUCACCUGAAAAAACACCAGGAGAUGCACGCCCGCGAAAAGCCGUUCAACUGCGGCCAAUGUGGCAAAGGCUUUGCUACCGCUUCCAACCUGAAACAGCACCAGAAGACUCACUCUGGCGAUAACAAGCCGCACCGAUGCGCCCAGUGUGGCAAAGCCUUUGCUGCGGCAGCCACUCUGAAAGAGCACCAGAGAAUUCACUCGGGAGAGAAACCAUACAAGUGCAACAUGUGCAGGAAGAGCUUUGUAAGAAAGCGCCAUCUGAAGAAGCAUCAGCUGGUUCACUCUGGAGGAAAGCCCUACCGAUGCUCCCAGUGCGAAAAGGGCUUCAACCACUCCUCAUCUCUUUCAAGACACCACAAAGUUCACCUGGAGGCCAAGAUGUACUCCCAGACUGACAAGGAUUUCUUUGGAAACCAGAUGAAAAGGAACGUGCACGUGGGUGAAAAGCCAUACAGUUGCAACCACUGUGAGAAGAGCUUCAAUCACUCGUCCUCCUUGUCCAGACACCAGAGAACUCACUCCGAUGGCAAGUCGUAUACCUGUGCCCACUGUGGAAAGAGGUUCAACCACUCCUCGUCCUUGGCAAGACACCAGCGUGUUCACUGGGAUGAGAAAGCCUCUUAUGGUGCUGUAGCGCCGGGCAAGAGCUUCUCUCAUACCAUCCUAAAGCAGAGGAUCCUGUCCUCGGAGAAGCCCUACAGGUGCUCGCAGUGUGGGAAGGGCUUUAAUCACUCAUCGUCCCUGUCUAGACAUCAUAGAAUUCAUAUAGAUCAGUGAGGGUAUAGCUAGGUUUUGUGCUGGUGAAUAUUUCCCAGUUUGUCCCCAGCUUUAACCCAGUCAUUUCAGGCCAACUUUAAGCAACAUUUACGUUGAUGACUAAAACAUAAUGUAGAGGCUAGUUUUGGCCUGAGCUGAAGGGACUUAACCCCUUUACUGAUAGUAAGAUUUUUGGUUAGGUCCUUUAACUUUUUAUGAGCGAUGAAUUUCAGUAAGUUGUCUGACAUUGUGUGGAUUCCCUUCUGUGAUUGUGCAUAUAUUCAGCUUGAUUUGAUACAGCGCCUCUGUUUUUAAAAUGACACCUGUAUGAUAAAGAUGUUAACUUGUGGUGAUUUGGUGAAUGCUGACCCUGGCUAGUUCAGUUACGCUGAGUCUGAACCGAAAAAAAUUGAGACUUUUUUUUGCAUCUCAUUGCAUCCUUUUUGACGUCAACUCAGUCAAGAGCCUCAGAUAUAAUUGACGACCAAUAAAAGAGAUCCUGACUGAACCAGUCACUUUGUCCUUGUAUCUAAACCCCUCUUGCCACCUCAGUGGGUUCCCAAGCUGGUAUCAAUUGUAAAUACUUGUUGAUUUUUUUUAUAUACAUAUGUAUAGGUGACUAGUGUGAAGUUUUGUUCUGAAAUGGAGCUUUUUCCCUUUUUUUUUUCCCCCCUUCCCUCUCCAUUUUUUUGGUGCAUCACCCAGUUAGUUGUCAUCUGUAGUACAGAGAUGUGUAAUGGGAUGGUGACUGUCAGCUAAGGAAUAUGGCUCCAUUCAUCUUAUUAAAACUCAUGAUGUGUAAGUUUCUGUAAGCAGAGCGGACUGUGCAGCAGCAUCAGGAGCCAUGCUAGUCUGCUGAUGUGGUUGGAGAACUUAAACAACAAAAAGAAACAAAACAAAAAACUGAAGUGAGAAAAAAAAGAUUUAAAAGCUAAUUACUUACAGUAGCAGGUUGUUCUAAGGCCUAAGUGAUCAUGCCUCUAACACCCAGGAAAUGGCGCCCUUCUCUGGCUGAUCUCCAGCCUUGUGUUUUGCCUGCUUUGUUAUGACCAAAAACUGAGGAGCCAAAAAGCAUUUCCCUGGCUAGAGGAAGGGGUGGAAAUCUUCUCAUGGAGCUCUUUAAAGUCAACAGGCUCUUAGACUUUGUUUGGCUCUUUAGUGGUUAGAUUGCAGAUUAAAAUUCUAAGUUGCUGUCAGACACAAGUUCCAUAAUGUACCCUUUAAUACCCACCACCAAAUAUGUGUUAGCAGGUGAGCUGUGCAUAUUUACAAAGUUAUUCCUCGCUUAUUGGUAUGGAAACUACUUCAGUCAGCAGUGUAUAGCAUAUAGUUAACUUAUAUUCUGAGUACAUUUCUGCAGUUUAUCAAAAUUUACAGUGUAAUUGUGUAUACUUAUCAAACAGAAUGAUAUCGCUUGCUUUCCCCAACACAGAUUCAGGGCUUGGUUUUGUGUUUCCCAAAAUUCCAUGGGUUUGCGCUUUCUACUCACAGCUCUGUGUAUGGAGAAUCUUUUACAAACGGAUGUAUUUUUUUAAAUAUUGGUUUGGGUCAUGUGAAAGGGAAAUGAAAGGAAUACUGUUUUUAUGGGAGUGAACGUGGUGUUGAACAUUUUUUCUUUCCUUUUUCUUUUCCUUUGGAUAACAAUUGUGCUUCAAAGCGUAGCAUAGGCUUAUUCAUUGUGUUAGAUAGGUGCCUUAUUGCAUGCAGUGUAGAAAUAUAUGCUGAGCUGUAAUUAAAAAAAGAGGUUUUGGCUAUUCGUCCCUUUGUUCCUAUACAUACUAACCAACAUUUUAAUUUGACUUCAUACUUUUUUUUUUUUUUUUUUGCUCCUCUGUAUAUGAGUAUGUUUACACUGUUAUUUCUGUCGUUUAAUUUCCCAGUCUUUGUCAAUUUGGCCUCAGUGUAGAGUAUUUAGAGGUUAUAAUAAGAGGUUCCAGUACAGUUGAUCCAUAUCUUGAUUGCCCUCUAUUUAGUGGUCAAAACUUGUUCCAUUUGUCUGUCCCUCAUCUUUGAGUGGCUCAUAUAUGGACAAAUAAAGGUUGUUGACUAUCAA